AUGGUCUCAAUAAUACAGAAACAGGUGUCGGCAGUCUGGUAUGACCCACGGUCAUACCUUAUCCUCAGUCUCAAUGAGACUUGUGAAAGUAUGGAAUGGAUUUCUAGAUUGAAUCCAUCUCUUGUCAUCCAGGGUGGUGGUCGUGUUAUAUUGGGGUCCAGGAGCUUCAUGAUACUCCUGAACCCCAAUCUCAGUGAAAAUGGUGAAAUCAAUGUGUUUUCUGUGAAUAUCCAUAGCACUAGAAGUAAACCUUCAGAAAUCAGUCUGCAGACCGUCAUCUACAGACCAGGAAAGUUGGUGGAUCUGCUUCCUUCCCUAAACAUCAGUCAUUUCUGGAGAAUGGCCGCCCACGUCAGAGAGAUCACCAAGAACAUGGCGAGACACCUCAUACAUCUGGUUUCAGAGACCUCUCAGAACCUGAGGAUGAUGGAGGCGACCGAUGACUUUAAUCUCUUACAAGAACUUGGAGAAGGGACUUAUGGGAAGGUUCUCAUGGGCAAACACAAGAAUUCAGGUCAGGUCGUGGCGGUCAAAAUGUUGGCGAAGGAGAAGGUCCCGAAGGAUAACUUCCUCCUGGAAUACAGCAUCUCCCUCGCCCUCAGCUGCCACCCGAACAUCAUCCUGACUCAUGAGAUUGCGUUCCAGACCAGUCGGGAUUAUGUUUUCAUUCAGGAGGUAGCACCGGCAGGAAAUCUUCAGUCCAUCAUUAAACCUAAGGUCGGGUUGCAGGAGGACACAGUGAAGCGUUGCGUUCCUCAGAUAGCCAAUGCCAUGGACUUCAUGCACAACAGAGGAAUGGUCCAUCGGGAUCUAAAGCUGGAUAAUAUUCUUCUGAUGGACCCAGAAUGUCACCAGAUAAAACUUGCCGACUUUGGACUCACCCGUCUCCAGGGCACAUAUACCCCCUAUCUGUCCUGGACUAUACCUUAUACUGCUCCGGAACUCUGCUGCCAAAAACCAUGGAAACAGCUCCUGCUACAUCCCAAUCUUGACGUGUGGGCUUUUGGGGUCCUCAUCUACACUGCCCUUACCGGAUUCUUCCCUUGGCGCACGGCAAUGUCAUGUGAUCAUAGGUAUAAGGAGUUUGCCUGGUGGCGAGUGGAAAGGGAGUCCCCAACUCCAGAGAAGUGGAAGAAGAUCUCAGCUGAGGCUAGAGGAAUGUUCUGGGACAUGUUCGCCGAGAGGUGCUCGGUCAUGGACGUUCUGAAAUACAUGCAAGUUCCAUGGAAAGCAGAGUUCUCUUCAUAA